AUGGAGGUCUUAUGUAGGGAAUACUGGCACGCCAACCAAGAAGGAUCAGGCCCACUGCUAGCAGCUACGAUUUCUCCCAUUGCACCUCCGAAUUAUCUGAACCGCCUCGACGCAAUCUAUGGUGACACUAAUGCUGCCUCGAUCAGCAGAGACAUCAGUUACAGCCUCACGAAAACCGCCAAUGCAGCGAUCCAGUACCCAAAUCCGGAAAUAAACAGUUGGACCGAGAUUUACUCAGCAUACUGGUAUGCCAUUGGAGCGAUACUUGCGGCAGAACACCCAACAACGAAGCCCGACUGGACUAAAGUCUACGAGGCGUGGAAAGACGUUGCGAAUACCGUGAUCAAGGGAUACAGCGGCGGUGUAUUGGAAGCUUGGACGUUGCCUGUACUGUAUACUGCUGGCAAACAUCUUCGAGCCUUUGCAAUCAAAGCAGACGAAAAUGCUAGAGCUAGUGGGGGUGACACCAGUUUCAACGCAGGAGGCUUGCAGGAGGAUAUUGCAGGCGACUUUGGAAAGAACGAAAAGCUAGAAGAUGCUGCGCGGGUGAUCAAUCGGAUGUUUACAUUGUGCAUUAGUGAUAGAGCACCGUUAGAAGAAUCAAGAAAAUGGGGCCUCUACUACACCACCAAUCUCCUGUUCAAAACCUACUUCAAGCUCAAUUCCAUCGGCCUCUCCAAAAACAUCUUGCGCGCCCUGUCAGCUUCGAAAACGGACACGCCAACACUCGAAGCCUUUCCCAGGUCCCACAUCGUUACCUUCAAAUACUAUGUUGGCGUUAUCCAGUUCCUCGAGGAAGAUUACGCUCAGGCAGAAGAAAACCUCACCUCAGCCUGGCACAUGUGCCAUAGGUCUGCCACUCGCAAUAUAGAGCUCAUCCUCACCUACCUGAUCCCCACCCUUCUCCUGACCCGCCAACAGCUCCCCUCGUCCCGCCUUCUAUCACUCUACCCGUCCCUUGGCUCUCUCUUCGCUCCCCUGACCCUGGCCAUCCGCAUCGGCUCGCUCUCAGCUUUCGACACCGCUCUUGCAGAAGGGGAGCAUGAGUUUGUCAAACGGCGUAUCUACCUCACCUUAGAGCGAGGAAGGGAUAUCUGUCUGAGGAACUUACUCAGGAAGGUUUAUCUGGCUGGGGAUCUGGACGAAGAAGGGAAGAGGAACACGAGAAUCUAUGUCAAAGACUUCGCCGCGGCCAUCAGGUUGGGUGAGUCUGGGGCGAGCGGGGAGGGUAUGGAUGUGGAGAUGGAUGGAUCGGCAGGGGAGAACAACGAUGAGGUGGAAUGCUUGGUUGCGAACAUGAUAUACAAGAAUCUAAUGAAAGGCUACAUCUCCCGCGAGCGUGGCAUCGUCGUCCUCUCCAAGAACGGAGCCUUCCCCGGCACCGGCAUCUGA